UGAGGCAAACUUCGCAAGUUUAGCUUCUGGGAACUAUCAGACCAGGUCCAGGGACUGGGGCUUCCUCAACAACCCUGCUAGCGUUCAGCUGAUGAGAACAUCCUCAAGCUGAGGAAAUUGUGGCUGAAGCCCGACAGAGUUCUGCUCCCUGUCACCCUUCUGCUGAUGGGUGGCUGCUGAGCUUGUGCAGGGCAGAGUAUCUGGUGGGAGGGGAGCUGGCUUGACCCCUCUGUCAGCUUCUUACAUCUGUUCUGUGGGCAUGCUGGGGCAAGUGCUUGCCCUCACACUCCUCCUGCUCAUCAAGGGACAUCAGGGUCAAGGUUCUGCUGAUGAUGUGUUUGGAAUCUCAGGAGAGCCUGUGCGGUUACGCGCCCCCAGCUUACAAACAAAUAUAUACUCUGUUAAAUGGAAGAUGCCCUCAUAUUCAAAUUCAAGUAAUAAUUUUAUGCUGUCUUGGAAGAAUGGUUCUGGCUGGACUGAAGAAAGGGGAGCUUUGAAUCAGACUUUAAAUCAUUUCAACCAAAGAUUCAAUGUUACAAGCAAGGACUUCACUCUUCUCAUCAAGGCAGCUCAGCCACAGGACAGUGGCCUCUACGUCCUGGAGGUCACCAAUCACUCUGGGAAAUUUUGGGAACACAAGUUCCACGUUUCUAUAUUUGAUCGUGUUGAGAAGCCCCACCUGGUGAAGAAGUGGAAGGUCCUGGAUGGGGGUGUUUGUCAAGUGACUCUGUCCUGCUUAGUCACCAGAGGUGGUGAUGUGAGCUAUGCUUGGUAUAAAGGGAGUAAUCUGCUCCAGAUACCUGGGAACAUCACAGAACUGGUGGAGAACUUUGAUGUCAAUGGUUCGCACUUAUAUACCUGCAAUGUCAGCAAUCUAGUCAGUUGGGCAAACCACAGCCUCCAGCUAACUCAGGGCUGUCAGAGAGACCACCAAGGUUUCAUCUUUCUGUUCAUUUUGGUGAGCAUUGUGAUUCUCCUUGUGGCACUGUUCCUGGGCACCCUCACCUGCUUCUGUGUGUGGAGGAGGAAGAGGAAACAGUCACGGACAACCCCAGAAGUUCUGACAGUCUAUGAAGAUGUCAACACCAUGCGAACCAGGAGGAAUCAAGAGCAGAAACCCCCUGGAGAAGGGAAUACCAUCUACUCCAUGAUCCAGUCCCAGGCUUCUGCUUCCACGUCACAAGAUAAUGCAAAUACACUGUAUUCAUUGGUACAGACUCCCUGCAAGACUGGAUCCAAGAAGACGAAACGAAGCCCGUCCUUCAGUAAAACUAUCUAUGAAGAGGUUGGAAAAAGAACUUCCAAAGCUGAGAACCCUGCUCGACUGAGUCGUAGGGAGCUGGAGAACUUCUGGAUAUAUUCCUAGUUGCCAUGGCUGUUCUCACCCCUCUUACAGCCCAACUUCUGCUUUGGGAAUUAGCACAAUGGGUGAUGCCACAUGAUUCUCUGCAGAGUGGUUCCUAGUCUGGAGAUGAUAUAAGAGUUUGUGCAUGGUCUAUAUUUGUUUUGAAAAUGAUUUCUUUUUUUUUUUUAACAUUACUUGUAUUUUUAAAAAAUAUAACUUUAUUUAUUUGAAAAUGAUUUCUAACAGCUGCUUUAAGAGCAAGGCUGUUAAAUAAUAUCUCAACUCACAGACCAGACAAGAACAGAUAGAGAUGUUGGGUAGUUUCCGAAAGACGACACAGCAUGUCCCAGUGCUGGUCAUCUUCAAGUGCUAUGCAAAUGUGUGGUGGUGUUACUAUCACAUUAAGAUUCUGUUUCCCUGGUUUUCCCCUGGUGACUCAUCUUCACUCUUCCCUAAUCAGUGAUGACCACAUUUCUAGACCUUUCCUUGGCCCAGACCCAUCUUCCAAAAAGGAAGGAAAGAUAGCAGGGGCUCAGAGGAGAAGAAAGAGGUCUCUCUGUGAAGGUAUACUGAAUAGCCCUAAGCCACUGGCAAAUUCUCCAAAGAAGCCAGGCCUGGGCUAUAUUCAAAUACAGAGGAAAAACUUCCCCACUACAUAUUAAACUUUACCUCUAGCCAUCUGGUCACAAAGGGGUGUGGGCAGGAGCAAGAGUAGAUGAUGCAAAUCAAGCCCAUCGCUGAGUGGGAAAACCACCCAGAGUCCAUGCCAUCCUAAGAAUUGGGCAGCGGAAGCAGCUUUGCCUGCAGAAUGAUGUUUGAUUUACAAAAACACAUUAUUAGACAUCUAUUUUGGCUUAUUUACACAUUCCUCAGUUUUAGAAACAGUAUCAUUUAAGUUCUGAGUUCUGAUGCUCCCCAUGGCAAACACUGGAGGGAGGGCUCAGGCAGCUGAACACUUAGGAACCAGGCACCUUGCUGGGCUCCCCUGACCCUUCAAGCCAGACUCUUCCACAAGACUGUGGGGAGCAAGCUGAAAGUCUAGCUGAGCCCAGGAAAGGGGGAACUGGAAGAGGGCCUGGUCAGAGACCCCAAAAGGUAACAUUGCAUGGAGUCUGAUUUUUCAAUUGCCCCACUCUGUGCUUAAGGUAUGAAUUUAAUAUAGAACUAUUACUGUGCUAUUACUUAAAGGCAGUCUAAAUUUCUUUUCUGAAAUUUAGGAAAGAAAAUGUAAAAGGGUCUCUUCCCUACUCUGUACUUUUCCUCUCCCAGCCAAAGGGCACUUGUAGGCCAUCAAUAAACACACGCUGUUUAACUCCUGCUGGAGAGGAGUCUGGACUCCUGGUGAGCUGUCAGUUGUCUCCUAGCCCUGUUCACACUGGAACAGCAGAUUCUAGGGUCCCCAGAUCCCAGGGGUCACUUAAGGUUGGGGGAUAGCCACUUGCUCAUGCCCCUCAGAUCCUUCUCUCCUGUGGGUGUGUGAUUGGUCAAGCUAGCUCCUUCCUGGAGAAUAGUCCAUAGACCACAUCUGGGAGAAGGUGUUGGGGUACAAAUCGGAGGAUAUAUGCAAAAGGAUGGGGAGAAGAUCCAAGGCAAUUGUGGGCAGCUGAGCAGCUGAGUCAGGAGUUUCGUGAGAAGAAGCAGUAGCAAAUUAUAGGGGUCACAGCAAUUGAGAUGAACAGCAGAGAUACUAACCAUUGCCUACUGCUGGCCUUUUACAUGUCCUGAAUUGCAUAGAUCUCGAAUUGGGCGGAUUUAUUUAAGGAUCAGAAGAGAUCCUAUGGGUCCAGGGACUUCUAGGAUGCUCUAUUCUGGAGUAUAAUAAUGAUUAUCAUUAUCGUCUUGUAUGUCUUUGUUGAACUCUGUGAUAAUGUCUUAAAAAGAUAAUUAUUGGAGAAGGAAAUGGCAACCCACUCCAAUAUUCUUGCCUGGGAAACCGAUGGAUAGAGGAGCCUGGUAGGCUAUAGUCCAUGGGGUUGCAAAAAGACACGGCUGAGUGACUAAACAACAACCAGCAAUGGAGGAGCCUGGCCUGUGCCUGAGGGAGAGGAAAAUUCUCCUUCCCUCUUCUUCCCCUUUAUCAUGCCCAGUGUGGAAGCAGGAUUGUUGUCAAAAAAAA